AUGGCGGUCCCCGGUGCGGCGGUGGCCGCGCACCGGCCCGGCGCCCUGAAGCAGCAGAACAAGCCGCACAAGGGUGGGAGGCACCGGGGGGGCGGCCAGCGCCGCGCGCCGGGUGAGUCGCGUCCGCUUCCGGCUUCCCCGGCACUCCGUGGCUGCGUGCGCGCCGCCCACGUGCUCCGGCGGCGGCGCCGGGAGGCGGUGCUGGCUGAGAAGCGGUUGCUGGGCGGCGCGGACGGGCCGCCACACCUGGUGGCAGUGGUGCCACUGCAUGAAGGGGUGCACGGCCUGGACACCCUGCACCUGCUGCGGAGCAACGCUGCAAACCUCGUGGUCUCGGAGGCGGCUGGAGCUCAGGGCUUCGCGCUCCUCUGUCCCCGGCUGCGACAACGAUGGCGCUUUGUCUUGGCGCCCGCUGGGGACUUCCACGCGGUGCUAGACCUGGCCAAGGUUGCGGACACGCUGCUGUUCGUGCUGCACCCGGAUGAUGGCUGGGACGGCAGAGGGGAGAACUGCCUCUCUUGUCUCUUCGCACAGGGGCUCCCUAGCUGCGCUCUUGCUGUCCAGGGAAUGGCUGAUCUUCCACCAAAGAAGCAGACAGAGGCUAAGAAGAAGCUGAGCAAAGCCACUGAAAAGCGCUUCCCAGAGGCAAAGCUUUUCCCCUUGAACACAGAGCAGGAGUCUUUGCUGCUGCUGAGGCAUCUGGCUGCCCAGAAGCAGCGACACCUUGCUUUCCGUGACAGGCGGGCUUACCUGCUUGCCCAUGCCGCUGAGUUUGUGCCCAGCCAGGAAAGCGACCUGGUUGGCACCUUGAAGGUAUCUGGCUUCAUUCGGGGACAGCCCCUCAAUGUGAACAGCCUUGUGCACAUUGUGGGACAUGGAGACUUCCAGAUGAGCCAGGUCGAUGCACCUCCAGACCCUCUGUGUCUCAACCCCCGAGUGGCUAAACAUCUGGAGAGGAAGGGCCAGGAUAUGGAAAUACAGGAUGAGUCUGGAAACGGUGCUGUCCAGAUGGAGGAGGACGUGAAGGUCUUGAUGAAGGCAGAUCCCAGCAGGCAAGAGUUGCUGCAGUCGGAGGUGGUUCCGGACCCCAUGGAGGGGGAGCAGACCUGGCCUACUGAGGAGGAGCUGAAGGAGGCAGAGGAGUCCAUGAAGGAGAGAAGGAAGACGGUGAAGGUCCCCAAGGGAACGUCGAAGUACCAGGCUGCCUGGAUUGUGGAUGACGAAGAAGAUGGCAGUGAGGAAGAUGAAGAUGGUGACAGCAUGGAGGAGGAUGACUUGAUGGAGGAAGAGGCUUUCCAGGAUGGGGAGAGCAGCGAGGAGGAGGAGGAGCCUGUGGAGGAGGAGUGCGAGACAGUGACUCUGCCAGAGUCUGCCCGUGACGACCAGUAUGACGAGAGGGUAGAGGAGGAUGAGCAGGUGCUGGAGAAGUACAGGCAGGAGCGAACGGAUGAAAUGUUCCCAGACGAGGUGGACACGCCCCGUGACAUGCCUGCCAGAGUCCGCUUCCAGAAGUACAGGGGGCUCAAGAGCUUCCGGACCUCACCAUGGGAUCCCAAAGAAAACCUCCCCAGGGAUUACGCCAGGAUCUUCCAGUUCCAGGACUUCUCCCGAACCAGGAAGCAUGUCUUCCGGCAGUUAGAGAAGGAGGAGAUCAAUGGAGCCGCGGUUGGCUGGUACGUGACACUUCACAUCUCCAGUGUUCCUGUGUCCGUAAUGGAGAGUUUCAGGCAGGGGAAGCCAUUGGUCCUAUUCUCACUGCUUCCCCACGAGCAGAAGAUGUCCCUGUUGCACUUCCUGGUGAGGCGACACCCAGGCAACGUGGAGCCAGUGAAGGCCAAGGAGGAGCUGAUCUUCCACUGUGGGUUCAGGCGCUUCCGGGCCUCACCCCUGUACUCCCAGCACACCUCAGCUGACAAGCACAAAGCAGAGCGCUUCCUGAGGCCUGACACUGCCCUGGUGGUGACAGUUUAUGCUCCCAUCACCUUCCCGCCUGCCUUGGUGCUGCUGUUCAAGCAGAGGAAUAAUGGAAUGCACGACCUCCUGGCCACAGGCUCAUUGCUGACAGUGGACCCAGACAGGCUCAUCAUCAAGAGGCUGGUGCUUAGCGGUCACCCCUUCAAAAUUUUCAGCAAGACGGCGGUUGUGCGGUACAUGUUCUUUAACAGAGAGGAUGUGCUGUGGUUUAAGCCUGUUGAGCUGAGAACAAAAUGGGGCCGUAGGGGACACAUCAAGGAGCCGCUAGGGACCCAUGGCCACAUGAAGUGCCACUUUGAUGGACAGCUGAAGUCCCAGGACACGGUGCUGAUGAACCUGUACAAACGCAUCUUUCCCAAGUGGACAUAUGACCCGUAUGUGCCAGAGCCGGUGCCGUGGGUGAGAAACGAGGAGCCUCUCCCCGUGCCAGAGGUGGACAUGGAAUAGCCCUCCAGAACCUGCGUCCAGGAGUCCUGAGGAGUCUCCUGGGUGCAGGGGUGUGUUAGCAUAGUGCCUUCCCACUCUGCUGCAGCCUCCAUUGUAUUUAUUUCAAUGGCAAAUAUAUUGUGCAGCCUACAGAG